AUGGGAAACCUCGGCGAUCUUUCGCCAGGAGGUAGUAUAGCUAUAGGCAUACUCGUUGGACUUAUAUCAACCAGCGUCCAGAGCAUAGGCCUAACGCUGCAACGCAAAUCACAUAUACUAGAAGACGAAAAAGACCCUCACGAUGUUCGACGUCCUCCACAUAGAAGAAGGCGGUGGCAGCUUGGGAUGGCUAUGUUUAUCAUAUCGAACUUGGUUGGAAGUACCAUACAGAUAACAACAUUGCCUUUGCCGGUUCUCUCCACUCUACAGGCGUCCGGAUUAGUCUUCAACUCGAUAUGCGCCACUCUAAUACUUGGGGAGCCCUUCACGAGGUGGUCUUUGGGAGGAACGAUACUGGUAUCGAGCGGAGCUGUGUUAAUAGCUAUCUUUGGCGCAAUACCGGAACCCGCGCAUAGUUUGGAUCAAUUGUUGGAUUUACUGGGGCGGAAGGCGUUUGUGCUCUGGAUGAUAUUCCAGGCCUUAUUGGUGGUCGGUAUAAUCGUUGUAGCCGGGUUUCUCUCGCGAGCUCCAAGCAUAUCAGCAAGUCCGCGGACUCGAUUAUGGAAAGGUCUAGCAUAUGGAUGUGUGAGUGGGAUAUUAUCAGCCCAUUCGUUGUUGUUGGCGAAAUCGGCAGUGGAGUUGUUGGUCAGGACGAUUGUAGACAGGAUCAACCAGUUCAACAGAUGGCAGUCUUGGGCGAUCCUUCUUGGAUUGAUCUUCCUGGCUCUUACUCAACUAUACUUCUUGCACAAAGGGUUAAAGCUGGUCUCGACAAGUGUCCUUUAUCCCCUGGUCUUUUGCAUAUACAACAUCAUCGCUAUUCUUGACGGCCUGAUUUACUUUAACCAGACGGACCGUAUCAGUGCUUUACAUGCUGGAUUCAUAGCUAUCGGAACUGCUAUACUCCUCUCUGGUGUACUUGCCCUUUCAUGGCGAUUGUCAGAUGAGCAGACUCAAAAUCCAGCGGUAGCUCAGAGCGCUCUUGCACCAGGGCUUGGGCUUGUGGAGGAUACGGAAGAAGAGGACUAUUCCGACGAGGUAGCUGCAGACGAAGAGAACGCGAUUGUUAGCCAACAUAGGGCAUUGUUAAACGGGGAGCCCAUGACACCGACCACAAAACUAGAUACUGUACUAGGUGCCACAAGGCACGUUCGAAAAACGGUGCGCCUCACGGAAGCAGACGAGAUCUGGGGCGAACUUCAAGAUGAUGACACGAAAACCACCUCCCCAACACACCCAAGACGCUCCUCUACGAACCUUUCAGCACCUAAAUCCCCCAGACAAGGAGAUAAUUUAGGAAGUCCAGAACCUACCGAACACACAUCCCUGUUACGUAACAACUCCUUCAACCGAAGAAGACGCAGGAGAUCAGCAGGUUUCCCUGGAUUUCAAGCCAGACCGGCGUCAAGAAGUAUUCGAAGAAGAAAUACCCAAUCCCAACCACAAGAAGCAACCGGCGGAUUCUGGAAGAUGAGAUGGUGGAAACGAAGCUGGGGAAGCGGAAAAGAUCCACCUGAUCCUGGGCUUGGUGAACGGCCACCCAGCGGUAGUGGUGCAGGUAGCGCAGUGUAG